AACCUGACUUGACUAGCUGCUGGCAGGCGACCCUCUUUCUUCUUCGUCUUAUCGCUUCAGAAUUCGUUUAAUUUGUUUUGCAAUCGAUAGUUCACUUCGCCUCCAGCAUCUAGAAUGUCAACUCCCAUUCACAUAGAAAUAUGUAUUAAGAAUUCAAGUUCUGCUACUAAGUUGGAGGUCAAAGAGUAUGUGUCGAGGUUUGUAUCUCGCACUCGUUUGGAGCUGCAGAACGGCUUUCUGUCUUUCAAAACUUUCAAUGACGAGCCGUACCUUGCUGAAAAUGUUUAUUGUAUUACCUGCGAUGUCGGAGAUUCAUUACAACUACCAGGAUUUCAACCUAAAACUCUCUUAGAGAAGAAAUGGACACCGUGUUUUCACCUUUACCGACUAAAUGGUAGCGAGCGAGAGGGAUAUGAUAUCGGAGCUCAAGAAGACGAGACCAUAUCGACUGCUUCCCAAUGGACAUUACCCUGCAGAGAGUUUCAUGGUCUUUGGGAAAAUCUAGUCUACAACAGCAAUUUGAAAGAUCAACUCUUGUCUUACGCCAACACAGCAUUAAUGUUCUCUGAUCGUCAAGUGAAUUCGCACAUAGUGUCUUGCAACAGAGUCGUUUUGCUGCACGGACCACCGGGCACAGGAAAGACGUCGCUUUGCAGAGCUUUAGCUCAAAAACUUGCCAUUCGUCUCGGUGACAGAUACCUUCAAACCCUUCUCAUUGAAAUAAACAGCCACAGUUUAUUCUCCAAGUGGUUUUCAGAGAGCGGAAAGCUUGUGCACAGAAUGUUUGAAGACAUAAGAGCCAAGACAAGAAAUCCAGAGCUAUUAAUCUGCGUUCUCAUUGACGAGGUCGAAAGUCUAACGGCAGCACGCAGUGCAGCCAUUAAAGGAACCGAUCCAUCGGAUGCUAUUCGCGUUGUCAACGCUUUCCUCACACAGAUAGACCGCAUCAAAAAGCAUUCAAAUGUCUUGAUCUUGACGACGUCUAACGUGACAGGAGCGAUAGACGUGGCCUUUGUCGACAGAGCUGACAUCAAGCACUAUAUUGGUGUGCCGUCAGCUGCGGCAGCAUAUAGUAUCUACCGUUCUUGCUUCCAAGAGCUCUCACGGGUUGGAAUAAUCAAGACGGGAGAAAAACUACUUGAUCUCAGGGCUCUUGACAUUUUGAGGAUGGCAGAAAACCCCAUUACGAGACUCAGUCUGCGCCUGCUAGACAUAGCCAGGCAAAGCAACGGCUUCAGUGGUCGGACUCUAAGAAAGCUACCUUUCCUAGCGUACGCUCUCUACUUUAAGGGAGGAAACGUCACUGCGGAGAUGUUUCUUGACAUGCUAGAGGCUGUUGUGCAAAAACAACACAAAGACAGAGAAAACAUGGACGUCGAACAGUGAUAUUUCUAGGCUAUCGUUCAAAGUACCAGUUAAGUUAAUUAAGGCGGAAUUGUGUCUAGUGUUUCCCCUGCAUACGUACAAAAUAAUUUGCCAAUCAAGCUGUCUAUAUAUAACAGUCGUUUGCAGCAAAAUAGACAAACACAGUACAUAUACCCUAGCAAGCAACAAUAUUUUUAUCACAAGUUAUUGAGUCGGUAUACGUACUGGCUGGAAAAUCAUCCUGUGAUAAUAUUGAAGCUCCUCUAUGCUUUCUUUGAUGUCGUUCAAGGCCCUAGCACAACAAAUUUAAAGAUUAGCAGCAAUGUGUGUGUGUGUGUGUGUGUGUGUGUGUGUGUGUGUGUGUGUGUGUGUGUGCGCGUGUGUGUGUGUGUGUAGACAGUUAGACAGGUAGAGACAUACAAACAAAUUAAUAAGUACGGAUGGA